UAAAAAGUUGGCAGCACGUUUUAACAGCCGGAACAAUUUUUGUAGGUUAUGUUGUCCAUUUUGAUUCUGAGCUACACGUAAAAACGAAUGUAAAUUCUGAAUUAGAAAUAUAAGUAAUCUCAUAAUGACCGCGUUUGAAGAAUUCGGUGUCCUUCCCGAAAUAGCAAAAGCUAUUGAUGAAAUGGAAUGGACUCUUCCCACCGAUAUACAAGCUGAAAGCGUUCCUUUAGUGUUGGGCGGCGGUGACGUACUAAUGGCCGCAGAAACUGGAAGCGGAAAAACCGCCGCUUUUUGUUUACCCAUCAUUCAAAUCGUUUGGGAAACGUUGAAAGAUCUGGAAUCCGGAAAAGCCGCAAAAGUUUCUGCAAAUACAUCGAUUCCUUGGACGAUUUCGUUUCUUGAUCGUGGUAAUGCAUUAGCCGUUGAUCCUAGUGGUUUAAGGGUACAGUCUAGAGAGCAGAAAGAGUGGCACGGCGGGCGGUGUACCAGAGGUGUGCAAGGGGGAAAGUGGGGAUAUGAGGCAAUGGUAACUGAUGAAGGUCUUUGUCGUGUUGGAUGGUCCACAUUGCAGGCAAAUCUUGAUCUUGGCACUGACAGGUUUGGUUUUGGAUUUGGUGGCACUGGGAAGAAAUCCAACAAUAAGCAGUUCGAUAAUUAUGGGGAAGCAUUUGGGAAAAGUGAUGUUAUCACCUGUUUACUCGAUAUGGAUGAUGGCGAGGUGAAGUUUUUGAAAAAUGGUAAUAAUCUCGGAACUGCCUUCAAGAUAAAUAAACAACUGGCAAACUCUGCAUUUUUCCCUGCUGUUGUUUUAAAAAAUGCCGAAAUGGCAUUUAAUUUUGGCGAUAAACCAUUCAAGUAUGACCUGCCAUCCGGUUACAAAGCUAUCAAUUCAGUGCCAAAGGAUAAGAUGGUGAUGAAUACCAAUGGUGAGACUUCCGCUGAUGUGCCACAAAAGAUGUUAAAUAACGCCCCUCAGGCGAUCAUAAUCGAGCCAUCUCGAGAAUUAGCUGAGCAAACUUAUGAACAAAUUCGAAAGUUUAAGAAAUAUUUAGAAGCCCCAAAAGUACGAGAGUUAUUAGUUAUAGGAGGUGUGAAUGUUAAAGAACAAAUAUAUGCAUUGCAAAAUGAUGGAGUUGAUAUUAUUGUUGGUACUCCUGGUAGAUUGGAGGAUCUGAUACAAUCAGGUUACAUAUUAUUAUCAAAUUGCCGUUUCUUUGUGCUGGAUGAAGCUGAUGGACUAUUAAAGGCGGGAUAUACACAAUUAAUUGAGCGUCUUCAUCAACAAAUGCCGAAAAUCACCUCUGAUGGACGUAGAUUGCAGAUGAUUGUUUGCAGUGCCACUUUACACGCCUUUGAAGUUAAAAAAUUAGCUGAAAAAUUGAUGCACUUUCCAACGUGGGUGGACCUAAAAGGUGAAGAUGCAGUUCCGGAAACUGUGCAUCAUGUUGUCGUCAAUGUAGAUCCCCAAAAGGAUAAAAGCUGGUGCAAUUUAAAAAAGCACAUUCAGACGGAUGAGGUGCAUGCUCAGGACAAUGUCAAACCAGGAAUGAACACCCCAGAAGCGUUGAGCGAAGCAGUAAAAUUACUAAAAGGAGAAUAUUGCAUUAGGGCGAUAGACGAACAUAAAAUGGAUCGUGCCCUCAUUUUUUGUAGGACAAAGGUGGAUUGCGAUAACCUUGAAAAGUAUUUCAAGCAGGUUAACAUGAAAAAUUAUUCCUGUGUCUGUUUGCACGGUGACCGCAAGCCGCACGAACGUAAAGCCAAUUUGGAGUCGUUUAAGAAGGGGCAGGUUAAAUUCCUAAUUUGUACAGAUGUGGCGGCCAGAGGUAUUGACAUUAGUGGUUUGCCAUUCAUGAUCAAUAUUACUUUGCCCGAUGAGAAAUCAAACUACGUGCAUAGAAUUGGUCGUGUUGGUAGAGCCGAAAGAAUGGGUCUGGCAAUAAGUUUAGUCAGCACUGUGCCCGAAAAGGUGUGGUACCACGGAGAAUGGUGUAAAACCAGAGGACGUGGUUGUUGGAAUACCAAUUUAACAAAUGUGAAAGGAUGCUGUGUUUGGUACAAUGAACCACAAUAUUUGGCGGACAUAGAAGAUCAUUUAAAUAUAACCAUUCAACAGAUUGAGCCUGACAUGAAGGUUCCUUGUGAUGAAUUCGAUGGAAAGGUAACAUAUGGGCAAAAACGGAGACAUGUUGGUUCGGACUACCAAACUCAUACUGCACAAAUGGCCCCUGUGGUAAAAGAUUUGGCCAGUUUGGAAAGCCGGUCCCAAUUAAUUUAUAUUAACAACCAUCUUAUGAAAAUGCGAAAAAAGUAAAGUGGGAGAGUGUUGUAAUGAUAAUAACAAUGUCUUAUUUAUUUAGCAAUUAUAUGUAGAUUGUAAUCAAUUGGAACUAAUCUCAUUAAAUACUUUCUUAAAAAAUGCUCGAAUUUAUCACAAACAAAUAUUCGUAAUCUCCACUUCUUUUUGACCAUCUUUUUGCUCUAUAUUCUGUGGUUUUGUUCGCACGUUACGUCACGCUAGAUGCGCAAGAGCAUACCGUUGUACAAUUAGUGUAU